UUCCUGUAGGAUGAUUACGGACGUUCAGCUCGCCAUCUUCGCCAACAUGUUGGGGGUUUCCCUCUUCCUGCUGGUGGUCUUAUAUCACUACGUGGCCGUCAACAACCCCAAGAAGCAGGAGUGAGCG